AUGGACGGUGGUCCGCAGCAGAAACGCUGCAAGUUCUUUCUCUGGGAAGAUGAGGCAAAGGCCCGAGAGAAAUUCGCCGUCCUUUCCGAUUCGCGAUCAGAGCCGACCACGCCGGACGUAACCCCUUCGAAAGCUGUGCGCUUUCGUGACGGGCUUCUUACGCCGGGGACUGGGCGUCGUCGACCCGAUGAACGAGAACGAGAGGUGGAAAGGACGCCUUCGAAGAGGAAAAGAGGCCAAGACAUAUCGGAUGAUCUUGAUGAUUCGUUUGGCUGGGAUGACCUCGACGAGGAGGUGCAGCAGUUGCUGAACCGUCCGCUGAAGCAACCCAAUUUCAGCCCGGAGACGCCGCGGAAAGCACCGAGGACUGCUACGAUCACGUCUCCGGGCAAGACAACGCUCGUGGACACAGAACACGAUAGUCCCACAAAAUAUCCAGUCUCUAUUCAGUCUACGAUAGAGGUCACCUCCACGCCCAGCUCGCAGCGCAGCUUGCCGCCUUCGUCAGUGGAGAUUUCAACGACUCCGACCCCUCGUCGCUACAACGGCAUCCUCCCUCCUAAUCCAUCAGACGUAUCUGCCCUGGCUGCCGAGACGCUUGCACUGCUCGACCGGCAUAAUGUCGUGCUUCCGACGAAGGCCAAAGACGAACUCGUGGCUCUGCUGAACAGACACGAUCUGAAGACGCAAGGGAUCAUCCGCGGGCGGGAGGUCUCGAGAUUGGCCCUGAAGAAAAAGGAGGCGCAAAUCAGAGAAUUGAAUGAGCGGAUCGAGGGGUUGGAAGCGGAACGAUCGAUGGAGCGAGCCGUCAUCGCAGGACUGAAGACGGAAAAUGACGCUUGA